GCGUCUUUAUCACCAAUACGCCUCCAAAACACGCAACAUGCACAAAGCGGCUUUUAUUGAUACAGUGAGACAUAUCGAGUAAAUGAAUGUAUUUACGUAUGUGGUAUUAUUUUUGUUCUCCGGGAGCCUGUAAACAGCGCCAGCACUGUUCGGUUUAUGCAUCUUUAGAAGCCACAUACUGCGUUGUAUUUGCGCAGCACUGUUCGCUUGAGGAUACUUAGGAGGGAGAUCUAAUGAAAACUUGAAAUCUAGAAAGAAACAAUAAAAAAACCCGUAGCAGGUGAUCGGAUAUAUUUCGUAACCACUGGGGAUUUUAUUAAGCAGUACGAUGGACAGUAUCAGUAAACCCACGUUUGAUCCUAAAGAGCACCAGCAUCUAAGGUACAAUCCCCUGCGGGACUCCUGGGUUCUGGUCUCGGCUCAUCGGAUGAAGCGUCCGUGGAAAGGACAGGUGGAGAAACCUCCAGAGGACAACACCCCACGACAUGACCCAAACAACCCCCUCUGUCCCGGCAGCGUGAGAGCUAAUGGAGAGGUCAUGUGUUUCCACCCCUGGUCUGACAUCACCCUCCCCCUCAUGCAGCCCGCAGAGAUCCGCAAAGUGAUUGACAAGUGGGCAGAUCUGAUUGUAGAGCUGGGUGCCGAGUACACAUGGGUGCAGAUCUUCGAGAAUAAAGGAGCCAUGAUGGGCUGUUCAAACCCCCAUCCUCACUGUCAGGUUUGGGCCAGUAAUUUUCUUCCCAACGAAGCGGCGCUGGCGGAGCGCUGUCAGAGAGACUUCCUGCAGAAGCACGGAGAGCCUUUGCUGGUUCAGUAUGCUCGAAUGGAGGCACAAGCACAGGAGCGUGUGGUAGUGGAAAACGAGCACUGGUUGGUGGUGGUGCCGUAUUGGGCGACUUGGCCAUUUCAGACGCUGCUGUUGCCACGACGACAUGUCCUCCGUCUCCCUGACCUCACGGCCCAAGAAAGAGACAGUCUGGCAUCCAUAAUGAAAAGACUCCUGACGAAAUAUGACAACCUCUUUGAGGUCUCCUUCCCCUAUUCAAUGGGAUGGCACGGGGCCCCGACAGGUAGUCAUCUACAGGAAGACAUGAGCCAUUGGCAGCUUCAUGCUCACUACUAUCCUCCUCUACUGCGAUCCGCUACCAUCCGCAAGUUCAUGGUUGGAUAUGAGAUGCUAGCUAAUGAACAGAGGGAUCUUACACCUGAACAGGCUGCAGAGCAGUUAAGGAAGCUCGGAGAGGAACAUUAUAAGAUGAAAAAAAACUGAAGGUGAUGGAGGGAUGGAGAACUAAAAGAGUGUGACCUGUUGGCCACCUUCUGUGUCCAACUGUCAGAUAAUGAGAACAUAAAACUGUGAGAAACAGAUGGAGCUGUAAGAUGACUCAUCUGUUUUAGUGCAAAUAGUUUAAAAUUUGAACUAACUUCCUUUUGAAACACUUUUUGGUCUUUUCAUUCGUUAGAAGUUAAAAUUGGCUCCCAAGUUUUUGUUCAGGGCCCUAAAGGCCAAAUCAUGUGAGCUGGUAAUUGCUUAGUUGAGAGCCAAAAUGAUUUUUCAGAAAAGUUUGAAAUGAUAAGUUGUAAUCUU